UUCAAAGAACGCGUCGAUGCCCGGAUGUUCUAUAAACAAUAAUAAAGAAAACCGACAUGCCGGUGAAAUCAGUCUAAUGUUUACAUGCAGUUUUUGCUUCAUUACUUGAGUGACAACUGUAGAAGCUGAAGUUAUGGAGCAUCAGAGUGAAUCGCCUUCAUGGUCUAUGUCAACAGAAGAGCUGUUUCAACAAAGUUUUCCUUUACACCAAGCAUGCCGCGAUGGUGAUUUGGAGAAGCUGUCGGCUUUGUUAUCGCGCGGGAAUGUUGACUUGUACGAGGAGGACAGUUUCACUGGAUGGUCCCCCUUACACUGGGCUGCAAAUUUUGGAAAGCUAUCCUGCCUGAUCAAGUUAGUACAGAUGGGGGCAUGCUGUGAUGUCCCAACUGAACGAACCAACAUUACCCCGGUCCACGCAGCAGCUCAAGGAGGAAAGGGCCACUGUCUGUCCUGGCUGUUAGACAAUCAUGCCCUCAUGAACCGACAGGAUUACCUUGGAGAUACUCCAAUACAUAAAGCUGCCAAAAGGGGAAACAUGGAGUGUGUAAGCUUGCUGAUCUCUCAGGGAGCAAGUUUGUGUUUGCUCAAUCAUAGUCACUGUACCCCUAGUCAAGCUGCAGCACAGAACGGUCACCUGGAGUGUGCUCAGUACAUUGAGAAUGCUUCCAGACUGCAGAGCCAGGAACAAGUGAAGACAAUGCAGCAGUGUGUUACUAUGCAGCCCUCACACUUAGUGCAAGGCCAAAUGGAGCAGCAAGUGGCCGAAAUCCCAUUUCAGAAUGGCCAUUUUGUAGAUGGUCCCAGUCCUGUGGAUACUGAGAUGGAUAUGGCUGGAGACUGCCCUAUGAUAGGCAUGAAGAGAGGGCGAGACGAUUGCUGUGAUGAAGAGUCUUUCAAGCGAAUGAGGAAAGGGGACAGAACUGCCUUUACACAUUCAGCUUUGAUGAAUCCUACCUUUGUCAACAAUAACUGUUAUUUUCCUCAUCUGAAUGGAACGAGUGUUGAGGAGCAUGAGAGAACUGUCUGUGCCCAGCAAGGCUACGACUCCAUCGUCAUUCACUCGGUUAUCAGCGAUUGCCAUGGAUCGUAAAAGAACAAUUGCAUUUAGUUUUGAAUGAAUUAUUUUAAAGUUUUCAUUUUUAUAUCUUUUAAACAUCAUAUGACAAGUUGUGAAGAUGAAUCUCUGAAAUAUUUUAUUUUAAAAAAUUAUUUUUAUUUCAUUGUAAGUUUUUGUUUACUUUCAUGGUUUUACAAUGUCUACUCUUUUCAUUUAACUUUCAUGUUAGUGCUUAUGAUACAUAGAUGUUUUGUUCAUACAAAAACAAAACAAAACACUAUCAUAAAUAAUUUAAGUGUAAAAAAGGAAUCAAAUUGAAGUAAUAAUUAUUUUUUCCAUUCUGCAUAAAUUAUAUUCUUUGAUGAUUGAGUUGAAAAUGGAAAAGGGUUGCAUAUAUGGCAAUGUAGGAUAAAAGAAACUUGGGAUGAAAGGUUGCAGCAAAAAGUUCUCUGAGUAAGCCUUGAACAAAUAUUUAUCAAAUGUUGUGUAGAUCAAAGUUUUGUUUCCAAAAUAUGAAGAAAAUUGGCCUUUCCUAUGCCUUUUUUUUUUUAACAGCUUCAUGCUUUGUUUUGGUUUUAUACUGUAUUUUGGACAAAAUAUGAUUCAUUGUGACCUUUCAAAAUUUUCUCUGGUCUUGAAAUGUGCGGUAUCUCAAAAGCUGAACAACAUUUAACAUUAAAUAUUGCAAACUGUCUUCUGGGUAUAUGAGUGGACAGUGAUGUGACUUUUUAUUGUGUGAACAAAAUUUUGAUAUUGUUAUUGCAUUGCUUCAGUGAUGAAGUUGCAGGCAGCAGUUUUUAAUGAAUAGCCCUAUUUACCCAUUCAUCUAAUUUAACUCAUUUUGUUUUCUCCUUGGUAUGUAGUCCAGACCUCAUCUGCAAUCUAUUGAAUUAUUUAUAAAUGUAUCAGUUAUUAUGCUUUUUUUUAUACCCUUUUAGCAAAUUUCCUCUCUUUAUUCUUAUUGUAAUAUUUUAAAAAUAUUCUUUUGAAAACACUAUGAAUGCUUUGGAUUUUAUUUGAUUUUGUUUUAUCAUUAUUUUAUAAAUUAAAGCAUUUGUCCGAGUUCACAAGUUUAAAACUUUCUCGGUACCUGUGUAUGUUUGAUGUAUAUGAUUUUGUUUCUUGUAAUAUAAGUUUGCUAUUGUUAGGCAUGUUUACUCCAAGGUUUACAUGUACUGAAUAUACACCUACAUCUUAUUAUAUAAGAUGACAGUACAAGUCAUUCAUGUCAUGCUCUCUACAUUUUCAUUUACUUUGACCAUUUAUUAUAAAAUGUUUGAUUUGAAUUUAAUUUGAAAAUGUUUUACAUGAGCUCCUUAUUUAUUUUUUUAUUAUGAAGAAACUUUUCUAAGAACUGAGCAGUUUGCUAGGUUUACAAGGACUUUAAAAGUUUCAUACAUUUAUAAAGACAAUUUAUUCCAUGAUUUAUUGGUUUUGCAAGGAUCUCAGACCAUUGUACAGCAGUGAAAAUGCUUCUUUUGUUUAUCUGAUUAUAAAUAUUAUUCUGAUUAUAACAUGUAUUUGAACUAGUUUUAAUCUCAUAUGAAUUGUUUUACCAUAGAAAUGGUCCCAUAUGAAAUAGCUGGGUUGAUGUAUGAUCUGAAAAGUUCUGACUUGCCAUCUCUCUUUUUGCAAUUAUUUAAAACAUUACUCUCUUGCAAUAUUUUCAAUGGCAUCUGUCUCAAAGUUAUGGAUGUGAGUGGGUUGGUUUUUCUGUCCCGAGUUAUAUCAUUUGUUAGUGGUGCUGUGUAUUAACAGGUGUAACAUAACAUGUAAAAAUAUAUUUAUCAUUCUUUACAUUUUUACAAGUUUACAGUGAAGAAAAUGCUGUGUGUUCAGUUGGUAUUUCUUAACAGUUUAUGUUUACAUUUUACCACCGACCUAAGAUCUUAAAAAUGAGUUGUACAUUGUCAAAAAUGUAUUGAAAAAAGUUUAUUUAUUUUGGAUGUGAAAGUGCAAUGAAAUUUUUCUUUGAAAAAAAAAAUGGUUGUUUUUGUUGUCAUUAGCAUUUUGAGAGUUAAAAGUCUCCAAAGUACUGGGAUAUACAUGAAUGGGAAAUUGUAAACUGGGCGACCAAAAAUGUUUCCUUACACAAUGUAUUCACAACCCGAGUUUUAUGGUGUUACGAUCAUCAUUUCAUAUAACCUUCUUUGAAAGAACUCGAAAGAAAAAUAAGUAAUUUAGUUAUUGUCUUCAUAUGUUGGCUCAUACCAAACUGCAACGAAUGGUUUUUUUUUCAUAACCGGAAAACCACGGUCGGUCUCGCUUCCGACUAUGGAUUUCCGUCUAUUAUUUGUUAUAGAGAAGACCUCUGAGGAAAAUACUCCAGGUUUUAAUUAAAGUAUGCUGGUAAUUUGUUCACAGUCUUAUAUUAACACUGAAAAAAUAUUUUUCUACUAAAGUGUGUCUCUAUAUUACGUUAAUAGUUAAAAUUUCUGCUUCAUUUGAUUAUAUAUAAUCAUUUAUCAAAU